AUGAUAUCGACAAUAUUAGUAGCGCUAGUUUGCCUUAUGGUAGGCGCUGACUGUUUUCCCGACGGGGCUCCUAUCGACGCGUGUGUGAAAAAUCGUCCCAACCAACCGAAUCACGGUCAACACAGGACACAGCCAUUGUCAACUCUACCCUAUAGAGUGGAAGCUUCUUCAUCUCACUACACACCAAAUUCACGCAUAACAGUUACUAUAGAAGGUGUUGAACCAUUUAAGGGAUUCUUCAUACAAGCACGUUCUGUAGAAAGUAAUGAAUGGUUAGGCUCGUGGGAGGAAGCACCCAAUACUACCAUACACCCGGAAUGCUCAGCCAUCACCCAUGCAGAUCCUCGGGAGAAGACCAGAGCCACAUUUGUAUGGAGAGCUCCCUCAGAUUCACAAGGAAGAGUUUACUUCACGGGCACAGUCUUAAAGAAUUACGGCACAUUUUGGGCAAACGUAGUUGCACACACUCCAGAGGAUCUUGGACAGCUUCAGAUUUUUGGUUAA